AUGUACAGGAAUCCAGUGGAAGUUCAACAAACUGGACAGAGCAGGAGGUCAAAGGUCAUCUCCAAGCGAAUUGUUCUGCUGGUCCUCAUUGCUGUCUUGGCGGCUACAGUUAUUUUCCUUGCAGUCAAUGAAACGUGUCUGAAAUGUGAAGCAGGCUGGGAGCUAUACGAAGGAAACUGUUAUGAUUUCUCUAACACAACUUCCACCUGGAAUGAGAGCAGAGAUUUAUGCAUAGAUGUGGAAGGAGACCUAGUGAAAAUAGACAGCAGAGAUGAGCAGAGGAAAGUGAAAGAGAAAAUCACAAAUGAUGAGGAUUCAUUCUGGAUCGGACUGAGGAACUCAGAGAAAGAAGGCAGCUGGGUUUGGGUGGACGGAUCUCCACUAAACAAAAGUUUGAGUUUUUGGGGAAAAAACGAGCCUGAUGGUAAGGGUGGAGGACCAGAAUCAGAGAUGGACUGUGUGAGGAUAAAGAAGAAACAAAACUCUGUCAAGUGGUUUGAUAGAUAUUGUAAUGAUGCUCUAAGAAGUAUUUGUGAGAAAGCAGCAGAAAAUCAGUUGUGUUGAUGAAGUUACCUUCAGUCUAGAAAUCAGCCUCAGAUCUCUGUAAAAACACAUAUUUUAUAAAGAUGAAGUUAAAACAGUGAAUGAACAAACGCAUUAACAGAAAUAUACUCUGAUUUUAACAGAUCACUGCCUAAUUUUUUUUAGAUCUCCUGUCAAAGUU